CCCAAAGCUGUAAACAAUUAUCUUCUCUCUUCAAAACGACAGGCAAAACAAUGUGAGCUAAAGGCCAAACCCCAAAGCCACCUCUUCUUUGUAAUUUCCAUAAAUCACCUCUCAACAUCCACUGAUCAGAAUUUUGUUACAAAAACCCUUAAAACAGCUUCUCUCUCUUUCAUCACCUUCUUUUCUUCCAUUUCUGACCUUAACUUUGAGUCGGUUUCACUCUUCACAUUUCAAAGAUCAUCUAAAUCUGAUCUUUAUCUAUAUCUAUUUUUUCACAUAUAAAGAUUGGAUUUUUGCACAUACUCUUUAAUUUAUUGUAAUUAUAGAAUUCUGGGUUUAUAUUUGUUUCAGUAAAGUUUUGAGGUGCAUUUUCAAUGGCUGCUGAUGCACAAGCAGUGAUUGAGGCUCCUGCCCUUCAAUCAAAAUAUUCUGAUGCUGGUUCUGAAGAAUCUGACUUUAAUUCCGACGAAAAUGUGAAUAAUUCUGAAUCUGUUGUUACACCUAAUGGUGCGAAGGACUCAUUAAAUGCUAAAUCGGACUCUUAUCAAAUGCAACAUAUUGUUGACAUGUUGAAGAAACUCAAGUUGAAUCCACUCGCCAAAGAGUUUGUUCCUUCUUAUUGUUAUAAUAAUCGUGAUCAGAUGCUUUUUGUGCCUGCUAAUAAGACUCUGGUUGCUGAUGCUUUCCCAAAUAACAGAAGGCAGAGAGGUAACAACUAUAACCAGGGCAGAAGGAGAAUGAACAAUAGAGCUUUUAGGGCUCAAAGGGAAGAUAGCAUUAGGAGAACAGUCUAUGUUUCUGACAUCGAUCACAAUGUCACGGAAGAGCGGCUUGCUGCAUUAUUUAGCGCUUAUGGACAAGUUGUUGACUGCAGAGUGUGUGGUGAUCCACAUUCCCGCCUUCGCUUUGCUUUUGUGGAAUUCGCCGAUGAAUACUCAGCAAGAGCAGCACUUAGCCUUUGUGGGACGAUAUUAGGAUUCUCUCCUCUGAAGGUUCUACCUUCAAAAACUGCUAUUCUACCCGUGAAUCCAACAUUCCUUCCUAGGUCUGAGGAUGAGCGCGAGAUGUGUGCCAGGACAGUCUACUGCACAAAUAUAGAUAAGAAGGUUUCUCAAGCUGAUGUCAAGAAUUUCUUUGAAACAAGAUGUGGUGAGGUGUCUCGCCUGAGGCUUUUGGGGGAUCAAGUGCAUUCUACCCGUAUUGCUUUUGUUGAAUUUGUUAUGGCUGAGAGUGCUAUAUUGGCAUUGGACUGUUGUGGACAGAUUUUGGGAUCCCAACGCAUCAGGGUGAGUCCUUCAAAGACACCGGUGAGGCCACGAGUUCCUCGUCCCGCCAUGCAUUAGUCAAUCCUUUGUAGCUCAAGGUCUGGAAAGUGGUCAGCGCAAGCCCUCUUGGAAGACUUGAGAUUUCGCGAUGGGAAAGGCGAAACAAGCUUUUGUUUCAGUAAUUUUCAUUUUUCUUUUUCCCCUCUUCAUUUUAUCCUGCAGUGACUCUUUAUCGAAGAUAUUGUUGAUCCUGCUUUAGUUUCAGAAACGUCCCAACCUUUAUCUACUUCCAGUUUUCAUGUUAUUUAAUCACUUUUUGGUUGGUGGUUACUGAAUAUUUGGUUUAAGGCGUAGCAAUGCAUAUGCAUGAUGCAUUUUUUUUC